CUUUCUGCGUCAUUGCGUCAUUUCCGACGCAGGCGCAAAAUACCAUUUUCUGUCGCGUGUGCGGCCUCUCUUCCUCUACCGCCAUCAUGGGUCGCAUGCACGCUCCCGGAAAGGGCUUGUCCCAGUCUGCUCUGCCUUACAGGCGCAGUGUUCCCACUUGGCUGAAACUUACAUCUGAUGAUGUCAAAGACCAGAUCUUCAAGCUGGCCAAGAAGGGUCUGACCCCCUCUCAGAUUGGUGUGAUUCUGAGGGACUCUCAUGGUGUGGCCCAAGUACGUUUUGUCACUGGAAACAAGAUCCUGAGGAUCCUCAAGACCAAGGGAUUGGCCCCUGAUCUGCCCGAGGAUCUUUACCACCUGAUCAAGAAGGCUGUGGCAGUCAGGAAGCAUCUGGAGAGAAACAGAAAGGACAAGGAUGCCAAGUUCCGACUGAUUCUCGUUGAGAGCAGGAUCCAUAGGCUGGCCCGUUACUACAAGACCAAGAGAGUACUGGCCCCCAACUGGAAGUAUGAGUCCUCUACGGCCUCUGCUCUGGUGGCAUAAAGACACACUUUUUUGGAUUAAUAAAACCAUGUAAAUUGGAAA